AUGGUUCGCGUUUCUUUGCUCAACCUAGCAGCUAUUGCUACGCUGCUCCUCGGCGCCGAAGCCGGUCCUUGUAAGCCGAGGACGACUGCUGCGACAAGCCUUGCCGAGACAACAUCGACGGUUGUCGCUGAUACUACCGCGACGUCAAUCGAUACGACUGCCGUUACGAGCCUGGCGGAUACAACCACUACGAUUGCAGAGGAGACUACCACUACAGCCCUGCUAGACACUACGACUACAGCUGAGGCAGGAUCUACCACCACGACCGAGGCUGGAUCUACCACUACAGUCGUCGCGGAGCCUACUACUACAACUGAGGCAGAGUCUACCACGACUACUGAAGCGGCAGGCUGUGUCGAAACCCAGCUGUUUGUCAACCCAAAUUUCGACGACAGCAACAGUGACAUUGCACCUUGGACCAGCAACGCCGCCCUCACCCAAAACCAGCCCCAAUCCGGCACCAACGCACUCUCCAUGACAUUCGUCAACGGUGUACCGGAUUACUACAUCAAGCAGACCCUUCAGAAUCUGAGCGGCCAGUACAAAUUCUCCUACUACUACCGAGUCGUCAGUAUCAGCCAAGGUGCUGAUUUCACUUGCAAUAUUCAGCUCACGGCUGGAUCUGUAAGUACUUACGGCGAAAUAGGUGACAGCGUCGGUGGCUGGAAGACAUACAGCGUCAUCAUGGAUAUGGGUGCUGCUACAAUUGCACAGGCAGAGGUCGAGUUUGGUUUGUCCUGUUAUGGAGAGUUCACUGGCAUUGAGGUUGACGUUGAUACUCUUGCGUUUACGCGAGUUUGCGACGCUUAG